CCAUCGGUGGACAGUAAUAGCCCAUUAUCAAACUGGCAGGAUGACCAUUGGCUAGCAGACAACACAGUUCGUAAAUUGGUUAGAAACAGAAAGUUUAAGUUAAAUUAACGACUCCAGCUUGCAGAUGCUUUCGUCUGUCGCUCGUAUGCACACUUUUUUAAAAGAUAGUGGGCUUAGAAAUUUUAGACAUUUGGGGAGUUUGAAACGAAGUGAUAAACUGUGUCACGUGCUGCCAACUUUUCUGUACAUUAAUAAAAGCUAUACAAGUGCAAUGGCAGAUUCGUCCUCGCUGAAACAAAUUGCGUGCUCCACUAUUGAGAACAGAAAAGAAGAACUGAAUCAGCUGAGUCAGAAAAUAUGGUGUAACCCAGAACUGAAAUAUGAGGAACAUCAGGCACAUGAUCUACUAACGGGAUUCUUGGAAAAAGAAAGGUUUAAGGUGGAGAGAAACCACCACUUGCCAACUGCUUUCAAGGCAAUCUAUGAGUCAGGCCUUGGUGUCACAGUUGCUGUGAUUUGUGAAUACGAUGCUCUACCUGAGAUAGGACAUGCAUGUGGUCAUAAUCUGAUAGCAGAACUUGGAGUGGCUGCCAGCCUGGGAAUCAAAGCUGCCCUUGAACAGUCUAACAGCAAACUGGGAAAGUUGGUGGUUCUUGGUACCCCAGCAGAGGAAAUGGGAGGAGGGAAGAUUGACCUUAUAAAUGCAGGGGCUUUCAGUGAUAUUGAUAUCGCCAUGAUGGCUCAUCCAAAGGCAUUUGAUAUCAGCAGGCCCAUUGCACUAGCUAAUGCCAUAGUAACAGUGCGUUAUCGAGGCCGCCCAGCCCAUGCCUCUAGUUUGCCCUGGAUGGGUCUGAAUGCACUGGAUGCUGCUGUCAUGUGUUAUCAAGGGAUAGCAUGUAUGAGACAACAGAUGAAACCGACAUGUAGAAUCCAUGGUAUAAUAACAAAUGGAGGUGCUGCUGCCAAUGUGAUACCAGAGCUUACAGAGUUGGAGUUCAUGGUGAGAGGUCCAACAGUGGUGGAAGUGGAGGAACUGAAGAAGAAGGCUAUACAGUGCUUUGAAGCUGCAGCCACUAUGACUGGAUGCACAGUGGAGUUAGAAUGGGUACCUAAUGCCUAUGCAAACAUGGUGACAAACAGCACCUUGAUCAGCCUGUAUGAGGAGAAUGCUUCAAAAUUAGGCUGGCACCACCACACUGAAGGAAAACCUGAAUUGAAGACCUCAGGUUCCACAGACAUGGGCAAUGUAUCAUAUGUGGUGCCCAGCAUUCAUCCUUUCUUUAAUAUUGGAACAGAUGUCUCCAAUCAUUCUCGAGUGUUUACAGAAGUUGCAGGUUCCCCAGGUGCUCAGCCUUAUACACUUCGUGCAGCUAAAGCUCUGGCCAUGACAGCCCUAGAUGUACUUUCCCAACCUCAGCUGAUAAAUCGGAUAAAGGAGGACUUCCAAAAAGAUUUGGAGACUAAUAGUAGUUGACAGAUUGUAUGUUGGAUUGUGAAUGUAAAGACCACUCAAGAUGUUGAGAAUCUGGAAUGGUGCUUCAUGGUGCUGAUCAUAAGAUACAAACUAUGGACUGAAAUAUGAUGUUGACAUAUUAAUAUAUUCCCACAAAUAUUUGGGUUUUGUUAAUACUAACAUAUUUAAUCCAAUGCAACAUUAGAUUUUUUAAAAUGCCUAUACAGGAUUAUGAUAAGUGCAUACUUAAAGUUUCGUCCACUUGAACGCAGGAAAAUAUUUUUCAUGUACCCAAGGUUUACAGAUGUGAUAUUAGUCAUUUACGGCAAAAACUUAAUUUCUAGGAAAAUGAACAGGUUUUUUUGCCUAUAGGAUAACCAAGUUGUGAUCUCUGACAGAAAAAAAAAUGUCAAAAUCUUGUGUCCAAUGAAGUGACUUCAACUACCCAUAUCAUCUUUGAGAAACGUGUUUAUUAGCACUUUUUGUAAUUUUAACAACAAAAACAACAUGUAAUUUUAACAACAAAAUCAACAACAAAACAAUUAUCUUGUAGGUUACAUCAAGUUUCUUUCAAUAAUGAGAGAGAAACACAUCUGGUCUAAGCAUGCUGUUGCUGCUCCCAUUUCGCCCAAGGGUGAGGGAUGAUGAUGACAUCAAGUUUAAUAAUAUUCAACAUCGAAUGUGAUUUUAAAAAUGUGCAAACCUACAACAUUUUUUGUAUAUGUGCAAUAUCUUAUUGGGCAGUUUCCAGUUGAUUUGAAUUAAGAGAAAAAAGAUCAUGAAACAAAAAAAAAAAAAAA